CGGAUUUUCGAUUUUUGGGAAAACAAAAACCCACUUCACAAUGGCGAUACCUAUCAUUGGGGAUACGACACCCCAGGAAUACACGGUCAAUGUCUCACGACAGCCCCAAGGCUUUUAUCGAAGGACCUUGAGGCUUCAGACUCCGCGACAAUAAUCUCGGACGCCUGUGUGUUCCCGCCGCCGGUCCACGGUCUCACGACAGUUGGAAAUAUGGGCAAGUAAUUAUAACUUAUCAAUACAGGACCGGGGUGGACACUGGCCAGAGACGACGAUGCGGAGACAUUUUCUCUAUUACUUGAAACAACAGCAUCACUAUUAUCCUUCCCACUCGAAACUUCAGUCGAGACAUCCAUAUACCCCAUUCUUAUCAACGCUCACGCUCCCCUCGAGGGAAGACCUUCCGCUCACGCGAAACACCGCAAAAUUCUCCGCGCACCACAUCGAUUCAGGCCUGGUUUUCAAUAGUCAUCUUUUCUUUAUUCGGUUUUUUUUUUUGGUCUGGUUCAUGUCUGUCUCUCUCCAUAGCUUCCGCGAGCGCGAAAUUUUCAACCAUUUCUCCAUUUCAAUACUGUAUUAUCCUAGCCUUCUCUUAUACACUCUCUGCAUCUCUGAGGCGACAAGAAUAGGAAGUAAGGGGAGGGGGUUCCGGUUGGUUGGUUGGUUGGUUGGUGGCCGGUCAGCCAGGCACGGUAUCUACAAGGGGCGGGUGUCACGGAAAGAGGCAAAGACUUUGAGCCAGGCACGGGUUAUCAUAAGUGAUCAACUGGCUAGGAACGAAGCAAGGCAAGAGGUCGAGACGAGACAUAUAAGGCAGAGGGAUGCUCAAGGAACGUUGAGGGGAAAAGCACGAUGCGACACGACGCGUACACAAAGACUCAUCGUCUAGCUCCGGCCAGAGAGUUUGCGUGGGGAAAAAAAAAAAAACCGAAAAAAAGAGGGCGGCCCCUUUUGCAUUUGAUUUCCUAGGGAUAUGCCCCUUUUUUUUCCUUCUUCAUUCUCUCCCCCUUUCCCCCUCCCGACCGGUCUGCGAAUACACGAACGUCACAAAACGAUUUGUCU